AUAAUUGCCCCCUAUCAUUUUUUUCAACUUUCCCUCACUCACCUGGCUCGGCAUUCCACCUAACCCCUCCCCAUCUCCUCCCAAAAUUAAAGAAAAAGUAGCUCCAUUUCUUUCUUCUUCCUCAGCUAGAACUAGCUGUUGUUUCUUUCUUCUUCCUCAGUUCCAUGGCUGUGGCUCUCCUCCACCACCUCCUCGAUGGCAAUCAAACUCUUCAUUUUCUGUCAAAAUCAAGUGCUUGCAGACGGCCAUUCACUCUCAGGCCUAUAAGGGUCACCAUGUCCCAUAACCAAUCUUAUUGGACCUCCAUCAAUGGUGAGAUUGAGGCCCAUCUCAAGCAAACCAUUCCGCUACGGCCUCCACUUGAAGUCUUCGAGCCCAUGAGACAUUUUGUUUUAUCAGCCCCUGAAACCACUGCCCCGGCACUGUGUGUUGCUGCAUGUGAGCUCGUCGGCGGCCAUCGGGACCAAUCCAUAGCGACGGCCUCCGCACUCCACCUCAUGUAUACGGCCUCGUUUGUUCACGAGCAACUUCCAUUGACAGACAGGCCUAGGCCCAAGUCCAGGCCCAUGACCCACCAUACUUACAACCCAAACAUAGAGCUUCUCAUCCCGGAUGCCAUGGUUCCUUUUGGGUUUGAAUUAUUAGCUAAAGCAGACGACCCGACCCAAAAUAACUCGGACCGUAUCUUGAGGGUGAUCAUCGAGAUUGCACGUGCCAUGGGUUCACAAGGAAUGGUUGAGGGCCAAUACCACGAAUUGGAAUCCUCUUCUCAAUGGGACAAUGAGGAAGUAAGCAACAUUGCAUGGAUUGAGCAUGUGUGCAAGAAGAAAGACGGCGGAUUACACGCAUGCGCCGCCAUGUGUGGGGCAAUCCUAGGAGGAGGAGGUGAGGAGGAAAUAGAGAAGCUGAGGAGAUUUGGUCUAUAUGUGGGGAUGAUAAGAGGGAUGUCAAGUGGUAUUGGAAAAAAAGAAAAAGGAUUAGUAAGAGUGGUUGAAGAGCUAAGAAAUUUGGCACUCAAGGAAUUGGACGAAUUCGAGGGAGGAAAAUUCGAGGCAAUUUCUAGCUUUGUUAAUGCUUGAGAUGAGAGGUCUUGAUGUUGAUUUAAGGAAAGAAGAGGAACAUAUGGGACAGGGCAUGACAUGGAUUCAAACCUCACAAGUUGUGUCAAACUUGUUUAUUUCUAUGUCGAACUUAGUUUUGUCGUGAAACAUGUUUGGCCAUGAUUGUAAUUUUCUGAGAAUUUACUGCGAUUGGUGACUAUUUCA